AUGCAGCCCGCAAGGCGUUCUAGGCAGCGGGACAUCCGCGAUAUGGCGGAUACCGUUGCCCGCGCGCGUUUGGACUACCUGUGGGCGGCAGUUGUGGCAGAGAAUGAUCUAGCCUUCAACGUCUCUAAAUCGCGUGCGCUACAAGCCUUCGUUGACGCGGCGGUCGUGUUCGCGAAGCCCUACACAGUCCCAACCCCUUACAAGGUGUCCGGCUCUCUCCUCGACAAGCUAAGGGCGGACGCCGAGGAGCUUGUAAGGCCAUUGAAGGAGAGUUGGAAGACGACCGGGUGCAGUCUCUCGGUGGACGGGUGGACGUGCAUGAAGUCCCGUGGGAUUGUGUGCGUCAUCGCCCACAACGACACCGCGCCCGUCAUUGUGGACAUUGUCGACUCGAAAACCGCUAAGAAAACUGGAGACUACCUCGCGGGUCUCAUCGGGAACUCGAUCUCCGAAGUGGGGAAGGACCUCGUGGUCCAGGUCAUCAUGGACAAUGCGUCUAACAACCGAUCCGCGGCUGAGAAGCUUAAGGAGGAGUUUCCCUCGGUUUUUUUCGCCAACUGCGCCGCCCACUGCUUGGAUCUUAUGCUUCACGACCUAGGGAAAGUUGGGCCCGUCAAACGCGUGUUAGAGCAAGUGCAUCGAGUCGUCAUGAUGAUCAAGGGUAGUGCUUCCGCCGUCGUUCUAUUCCGCGAGCUCUUUACCAAGCUUUCAUUGGUACGGCCGGGUGCGACACGGUUCGGCACUCAAGUCAUCAUGAUACGCCGCUUCUUGGAGGUGAAGGGGGCACUCCAGGCCAUGGUCAUAAGCGAUGAAUGGAAAGGGGUGGCGGUGGCGCAAAAGGCUGAAGGGCAGGAGGUGCGGGCGCUUCUUCUUGACGACGUCUUUUGGGACUGUGUUACUGCGGUGCUCCGCCUCCUCACGCCGGUUUAUGAAGUGCUAAGGGUGGUUGACACGCGGGCACAAGUCAUGGGCCAAAUCUAUGGCCUCAUGAUUGAUAUCACGGUGAAGACACGGGAAGCUGCAGAGGCCGCCGCCUCGGUAUUCAUCAAGAAGACGGGCCUGCUCUUGGCCAAGGACAAGAGCACCUUCAUGGCAUCCAUCAAGGGCAUCCUUGCCCGGCGAUGGGACGGGCAACUCCACAACCCCCUGCAUGCCCUCGGAUGGCUUCUUAAUCCCCGCAACCAGUACGCGGGGGAGGUGAGAACCGAUGCGGAGGUAAGGAAGGGGGCCGACGCGGUGAUUCAGGCCCGGGGGGGGGGAUGUGGCCCAGCGCAUCAAGCUGCAGACACAGCUGGUGCAAUUCCAUAA